GUGGUGGCGGUGGUUGUCGGUGCGUCUCGCGAGGCGGUUUUCCGGCUCCGCGUCGCGCUCUGCACCAUGGGGCUGGCGCUCUGCUGUAGCAGCAGCGGCGGCGGCGGCUGCAGUAGCAGCAGCAGCUUGCCACCGACUGUACGCAUUAAUUUUUUAACAAACGCCGUGGAAAUUGCCUCUGCUUAACAGCAACAACAAAACCCACCGGCACCUGCGGAGCAUCUGCGUCGUUUUUUUUCCUCUUUCCCCGAGGAAACCGCCGUGGUCGUGCUAAGGGAAGAAUUCGAAAUCGGCUUCCAAUUUGAAUCACUCGAGGUUUCUGCGUUUUCCAAUCGACCGUGGGGUUUUUCGUUCGGGAAGAAAGAGAGCGAGCGAGGGAGAGAGAGAGUGCGGGGGAGCUGUGAGUUUGGUGGUCACGCCAGUAUCCUACCCCCCACCCCCACCUCCUCACUGCCAGCGGAAUAUUGUGACCCAGCAUUUUGCAUCUUGCGAAAUGUGGCUUUGAACGGAGGAGGACCCCUUUCCAAGCGAGAUAGUUGAACAACUAUUAUAAUUUUCCUUGCCUCGUGAUCAACAAGAAGAGGGUACUUGAUUCUCGUGGCAGCCCCCCACCCCCACCCCCCCACCGCUUGGAAGAGUCGAUCGAAAACAUCAGAAGGAGGUUGUUUGCGUGGGGGAGGAAAGACAGCCGUUCCCGAUGGCUCUCACGGAGACCCUCCUGCAGAACUUUGAGUUUGAGUUUUCGCCGGCGCAGUACACGACGUCUCCCUUGGACGGACGAGUCCGCCGCUUGCAAGACGAGCGCGAGGUCGUGCAGAAGAAGACCUUCACCAAGUGGGUGAACUCGCACCUGGCCCGCGUCUCGUGCCGCAUCAGCGACCUGUACCUGGACCUGCGCGAUGGACGCAUGCUCAUCAAGCUCCUCGAAGUUCUGUCCGGGGAGAGGCUGCCGAAGCCGACCAAGGGCAAGAUGCGGAUCCACUGCCUGGAGAACGUGGACAAGUCCCUGCAGUUCCUCAAGGAGCAGAAGGUCCACCUGGAGAACAUGGGCUCACACGACAUCGUGGACGGCAAUCACCGCCUCAUCCUGGGCCUCAUCUGGACCAUCAUCCUCCGCUUCCAGAUCCAGGAUAUUCACGUUGAGACCGAGGACAACAGAGAGACCAAGUCAGCCAAGGACGCUCUGCUGCUGUGGUGUCAGAUGAAAACGGCCGGGUACCCCAACGUGAACAUCCACAACUUCAGCACGAGCUGGAGGGACGGCCUGGCCUUCAACGCGCUCAUCCACAAGCACCGGCCCGACCUGAUUGACUACGAGCGGCUCAAGAAGUCCAACGCUCACCACAACCUGCAGAAUGCCUUCAACCUCGCCGAGCAGAAGCUGGGGCUCACGAAGCUGCUCGAUCCCGAAGAUAUCAACGUGGACCAACCGGACGAGAAGUCCAUCAUCACCUAUGUCGUCACCUUCUACCACUACUUCUCCAAGAUGAAGGCCCUGGCCGUCGAGGGCAAACGCAUCGGCAAGGUUUUGGACAACGCUAUCGAGACGGACAAGAUGAUCACCAAGUACGAGUCGCUGGCCUCCGAGCUGCUGCAGUGGAUCGAGCAGACCAUCAUGGUGCUCAACAAUCGCAAGUUCGUCAACUCCCUGACGGGAGUGCAGCAGCAGCUACAGGCCUUCAACACCUACCGCACGGUGGAGAAGCCGCCCAAGUUCAUGGAGAAGGGCAACCUGGAGGUGCAGCUGUUCACGAUCCAGAGCAAGAUGAGGGCCAACAACCAGAUCGUGUACACGCCGCGCGACGGCAAGCUCAUCUCCGACAUCAACAAGGCGUGGGAGCGGCUGGAGAAGGCGGAGCACGAGCGGGAGCUGGCGCUGCGCGACGAGCUCAUCCGCCAGGAGAAGCUCGAGCAGCUGGCGCGGCGCUUCGACCGCAAGGCGGCGAUGCGCGAGGCCUGGCUCAGCGAGAACCAGCGGCUCGUCGCGCAGGACAACUUCGGCUUCGACCUGCCGGCGGUGGAGGCGGCCACGAAGAAGCACGAGGCGAUCGAGACGGACAUCGCGGCCUACGAGGAGCGCGUGCUCACCGUGGUGGACGUGGCACGCGAGCUGGAGGCGGAGGACUACCAUGACGUGCGGCGCAUCACGGCCCGCCGGGACAACGUCCUCCGCCUCUGGGACUACUUGCUGGAGCUGCUGCGUGCCCGGCGCCGCCGGCUCGAAGUCAACUUGGCGCUACAGCGAGUCUUCCAGGAGAUGCUGCACAUCAUGGACUGGAUGGACGAGAUGAAGGUGCGGCUGCUGUCCCAGGACUACGGCAAGCACCUGCUGGGCGUGGAGGACCUCCUGCAGAAGCACGCUCUUGUCGAGUCGGACAUCGGCGUGCAGGCGGAGCGCGUGCGCUCCGUCAACGCCACCGCGUACAAGUUCGCCGACAACGACGAGGCGUACAAGCCGUGCGACCCGCAGAUCAUCCUGGAGCGCGUGGGCCACCUCGAGUACUGCUACCGGGAGCUGGCGGCGCUGGCGGCGGAGCGGCGCGCCCGCCUCGAGGACUCCCGCCGCCUCUGGCAGCACCUGUGGGAGCUGGAGGAGGACGAGGCGUGGAUGCGCGAGCAGGAGCCGGCGCUCGCCUCCGCCGAGCUGGGGCGCGACCUCACGUCCACGCUGCGGCUGGCGGCGGCGCAGCGCGCCCUCGAGGACGAGAUGGGCGGGCGGCGCGCCCGGCUGUCGCUCACCGUGGCCGGCGGGGAGGAGCUGGCGCGCCAGGGCCACCCGGGCGCCGACCGCAUCCGGGCGCGCUCCGCCGAGGUGCAGGAGCAGUGGGCGCGCCUCGAGGACCUCGCCAGGCUGCGGCGCGAGCGGCUUCAGGAGGCGCUAGCGCUCUACCAGUUCCAGGCGGACGCCGACGACAUGGAGGCGUGGAUCGCCGAGGUGUUCCGCCUCGUGUCGAGCGACGAGGUGGGCACGGACGAGUACUCGACGCAGGCGCUCGUCAAGAAGCACCGUGACGUCACCGAGGAGAUCGCGCAGCACCGGUCGGCGCUGGACGGCCUCUACGAGAUGACGCAAUCGCUGCCGGCCGAGGCGGCCAACUCCCCCGAGAUCCGCGACCGCCUGGAGACGAUCGAGGGCGAGUACCGCGACCUCGUGGAGUUGGUGCUCGUGCGCAAGCAGCGGCUGCAGGACGCGCUGGCGCUCUACACCAUGUACAGCGAGGCGGACGCCUGCGAGCUGUGGAUCGACGAGAAGGAGAAGUGGCUCGACGCCAUAGUCAUCCCCGAGCGCCUGGAGGACCUGGAGGUGGUGCAGCACAGGUUCGAUAGCUUGGAGCCGGAGAUGAACGGGCAAGCGUCGCGCGUCGCCACGGUAAACGACAUCGCUCAGCAGCUCGCCAACACGGGUCACCCGAGCGAGGGCGACGUCCGCCAACGCCAGGACAACCUCAACAAGCGGUGGGCGCUCUUCCGCGAGCUGGUGGAGAGGAAGAAGGGCGGUCUCUACUCGGUGCUGAGCGUCCAGAAUUACUUCUUCGAAGUGACCGAGACCAUGGCCUGGAUCCGUGAGAAGACCAAGGUGAUCGAGCUGACCGCCGAGCCGGGGAGCGACCUCGCGGCGGUCAUGGCCCUGCAGCGCAAGCUCACGGGGAUGGAGCGUGACCUCACUGCCAUCCAGGCGAAGAUGGGCGACCUGCAGACGGAGUCGGAGCGCCUCAUUGUGGAGCACCCGGAGCAGGCGGACGCCAUCCGCCAGCGCCUCAACGACAACCUGGAGGUGUGGGACGAGCUGCAGCGCACGCUGCGCUCGCGCGAGGCUUCGCUGGGCGAGACGAGCAAGCUGCAGCAGUUCCUGCAGGCGCUCGACGACUUCCAGGCGUGGCUGUCGCGCACGCAGAUGGCCAUCGCCAGCGACGAGCUGCCCUCCAGCCUGCCCGAGGCCGAGACGCAGCUGGCGCAGCUCGAGGGCCUGCGCAACGAGAUCGACAACAACCAGGAGGAGUUCCAGCGGGUGAGGGACAUGGGCGCGCUGCUCACGCAAGACCCGAGCGACCCGCAGCACGGGCAGCUGCAGGAGCAGCUGCAGUCGCUCGACGCCGGCUGGGACGACGUCCAGGCGCUGUGGGAGAGCCGCCACCGGCAGCUCACGCAGGCGCACGGCUUCCAGACGUUCCUGCGCGAUGCCAAGCAGACCGAGGUGUUCCUCACCAACCAGGAGUACGCGCUGAGCCACGCGGAGAUGCCGCGGACGCUGGAGGGCGCCGAGGCGGCCAUCAAGAAGCACGACAACUUCAUGAACAGCAUGGACGCCAACGACGAGCGCAUCCACGGCGUCACCGAGCUGGGCGCUCGCCUCGUCGGUGACGGCAACGUCAACGCGGACAAGGUCUCCGACAAGGUGGACACCAUCCAGGAAUGGGCGAGGAGGAACCGUGAGGUGGCUGGGGACGUCCUGUUGAGGCUCAGGGACAACAGGGACCUCCAGAAGUUCCUUCAGGAGUGCCGCGAGCUGACGUUCUGGGUGAACGAGAAGAUGCUGACGGCGCAGGACACGUCGUACGACGAGGCCAGGAACCUCCACUCCAAGUGGCUCAAGCACCAGGCCUUCAUGGCUGAGCUGGCCUCCAACAAGGAGUGGCUGGAGAAGAUCAAGAAGGACGGCGAAGCGCUGAUGACGGAGAAGCCCGAGACGGAGCCCGUCGUGCGGCGGGAGCUCGCAGAGCUGCAGCGGCUGUGGCGAGAGCUCGAGUCCACCACGCAGGCCAAGGCGCAGCGCCUCUUCGACGCCAACAAGGCGGAGCUGUUCACGCAGAGCUGCGCCGACCUCGACAAGUGGAUCGGGGAGCUCGAGUCGCACACGCAGUCGGACGAGUACGGGAAGGACCUCACCGGCGUCAACAUCCUGCUCAAGAAGCACCAGAUGAUCGAGAACCAGAUGGAGGUGCGCAAGCGCGAGGUGGAGGAGCUGCAGACGCAGGCGUCGGCGCUGCGCCAGGAGGGCCAGAGCCCCGACGAAGCGGACGGCCUGGAGCGCGUGGUGGUGGUGCGGCUCCACCAGGUCAUGCAGCCCCUGCAGCAGAGGAAGGGCAAGCUGCUCGCAUCGAAGGAGGUCCACCAGUUCAACCGCGACCUGGAGGACGAGAUUCUCUGGAUAGAUGAUCACAUGCCCCUGGCGUCGUCGACCGACCACGGGCACAACCUCCAGACCGUGCAGCUGCUCAUGAAGAAAAACCAGACCCUGCAGAAGGAGAUGCAGGGCCACGAGCCGUGGGUGCACGACGUGUGCGAGCGCGGGGAGCGGCUGGCCGCGGACGGCGGGCCUGACGCGGCCGAGGUGCGCGCGCGCAUCGGCACGCUGCGCGACCUCUGGGCCAGGCUGGCGACGGAGGCCGAGCGGCGGCAGGGCCGCCUGCAGGAGGCCCUGCAGGCGCAGCAGUACUACUUCGACGCGGCCGAGGCGGAGGCGUGGAUGAGCGAGCAGGAGCUGUACAUGAUGGGCGACGAGAAGGCCAAGGACGAGCAGAGCGCCGUGGCCAUGAUCAAGAAGCACCAGAACCUGGAGCAGGCCGUGGAGAACUACGCAGAGAACGUGCACCAGCUGUCGGAGAUCUCGCGGAGACUCAUCUCCGACGGGCACCCCGAGAGUGAACGGAUCGGCCUUCGACAGUCGCAAGUGGACCGGCUGUACGCGGGCCUCAAGGACCUGGCGGAGGAGCGGCGCGGCCGCCUGGAGGAGUGGCAGAAGCUGUUCGUGCUCAACCGCGAGGUGGACGACCUGGAGCAGUGGAUCGCCGAGCGCGAGGUGGUGGCCGGCUCGCACGAGCUCGGCCAGGACUACGACCACGUGACGAUGCUGCAGGACCGCUUCCGCGUGUUCGCGCGCGACACGGUGCUCAUCGGCCAGGAGCGCGUGCAGGCCGCCAACGAGAUGGUGGACGAGAUGAUCGACAGCGGCCACCCCGACGCCGCCUCCAUCGCCGAUUGGAAGGACGGCCUCAACGAGGCGUGGGCCGACCUCCUGGAGCUCAUCGACACUCGCACGCAGGUGCUGGCGGCGUCGUUCGAGCUGCACCGGUUCCUGCAGCAGGCGCGCGAGGUGCUCGGUCGCGUCACCGAGAAGCACCAGCAGCUGUCGGACGACCUGGGCCGCGACCAGCACUUGGUGGAGAGCCUCCAACGCAUGCACGCCGCCUUCGAGCACGACAUACAGACGCUCGGCUCGCAGGUGAAGCAGAUCGAGGAGGACGCGGCGCGGCUGCAGACGGCGUACGCGGGCGAGAAGGCGGAGGACAUCGCGCGGCGCGAGCGCGAGGUGGCGGAGGCGUGGCGGGCGCUGCUGGACGCGUGCGGCGAGCGGCGCGUGCGCCUCGUGGACACGUCGGACAAGCUGCGCUUCUUCCGCAUGGUGCGCGACCUCCUGCUCUGGAUGGAGGGCGUGCGGCGACAGAUCGACGCGCAGGAGAGCCCCCGGGAUGUGUCGUCCGUGGAGCUGCUCAUGAACAGCCACCAGGGCAUCAAGGCCGAGAUCGACACUCGCAACGACAGCUUCGCCGCCUGCGUCGAGCUGGGCCAGGCGCUGCUGCAGCGCCAGCACUUCGCUUCCGCAGAGAUCAAUGAGAAACUGAUCGAGCUGACGGAGAAGAGGAAGGAGAUGAUUGACAAGUGGGAGGAGCGAUGGGAGUGGCUGAAGCUCAUCCUGGAGGUGCACCAGUUUGCCCGCGACGCGUCUGUGGCUGAGGCGUGGCUGCUGAGCCAGGAGCCGUACCUGUCGAGCCGCGAGAUUGGCCUCAGCGUGGACGACGUGGAGAAGCUCAUCAAGCGGCACGAGGCCUUCGACAAGUCGGCGCUCACUUGGGACGAGCGCUUCGGGGCGCUGCAGAAGCUCACGACGCUGGAGCUGCUGGAGUUGCGUCGUCGGCAGGAGGAGGAGGAUGACCUGGAGAGGAAGAGACUCUCACCUCCUCAACCCAGCGAGGAAUUCCAGACCAGAGAAGCUGGAGAUGCGCAUGCCGUGCAAAACGGAGUCGCGGCGGCCGAAGUCGAGUCGGCGGCAAAGGCGGCCGCGGAGGGUGCGGACGGGCUGGCCAACGGCUCCGAAGGCCGGGCGCGGCGGGCGAGGGAGAGCCCCCCGCCAUCGCCCGAGGGGGAGAGGAGGGGCCUCGCGUCGCCGCCGCUGGCGCCGCACACCUCGGCGAGCCUCCCGGCCAAGCCCAGCGAGGUGCUCAUGCUGCCCACGGAGGGCUUCCUGCACCGUAAGCACGAGUGGGAGGCGAGCAACAAGAAGGCCAACAGCAGGUCAUGGAACAACGUGUACUGCGUGCUGAGCACCGGUCACAUGGCUUUUUACAAGGACCCCAAGAGCGCCAGCACGGGGGUCACGUUCCACAGCGAGAUCCCCCUGCCUCUGUCGGGCUCCUCGUGCGAGGUGGCGUCCGACUACAAGAAGCGCAAGCAUGUCUUCAAGCUGCGGCUCGAGGAUGGAAAUGAAUUCCUGUUCCAAGCCAAGGAUGAUGACGAGAUGAACGGCUGGAUCAACAGUGUGAGCAGCGCCAUCGUCGGGGUGCGGGCGGAGGCGAGCGGCGGCCCUGGCGGCGGCGCUGGCGGCGGCGCUGGCGGUGCAGGCGACGUGGCUCGGGCGCAGACGCUGCCUGCGACGGCCGUGAGCGGCGCCGGCGACGCCAGCCCCGGCAAGCGCGAGAAGGACAAGGAGAAGCGCUUCAGCCUGUUCGGCAAGAAGAAAUGAAAACGAUACGGAUUGUACAAACCCACACCCACCCACCGACCCACCGACCCACCAACCCCUCACCCCCAACUCGUCCCCGCUCACCCCUCCCCCCAUAAUGACGGUGCUCUCUGUGUAACGCGCGCACCCGGAACGUUUCAUGCUGCACUGCACGCCCGGCGCUCUGUAAAUCCACCGCAAGCCGGCAAAAAGAAAAAAAACAAAAACUUCCCAGCCGGCCGCGAAAAAAAAAGCCAAAUUAUUCUCGUUUUUUUUCUAAGUUUUUAUUAAUCGAAACACUCUGGCGGGACGCGGCUAGCGGUGACUGUGUGUGGGGGAGGGCCUCGAGGGUGGCGCGCCGCUGAGAUGCCUUACAGUGACGGUCGCGCAUCUGCCCCUGCGGCGUUGUUUUUUCGUGCUUCGCGCUGCUCCUCGUGUUUCGUCCACCGCCUCGAGCGCCGAUUGGCGACGUCCCUCGCCACCACGUGCCACCCCCCCCCCCCCAUCCCCCGUCCUCCUCCGUCUUCCGUCGAUGAUUCCUCCGUUGAGCCCUGGCGCUUGACUUUCACGCCUGCCCUCCCUCCCCCCCCCCCCCCCCCGUACACCUGCGCGCGUGCCCACGUGCGUACGUGUGCGUGUUUAACCCUCGUGCCUACCUACGUGCCCCUUGCGGCCAAACGUGGAUGGCGGUUGAAAGGCACCGCGGUCGCCCCCCGCCCUGCUUUGAUCGCGCUGGCCCUGUGGUUCGCCGCCGACCGGCGACGUCGGGAUUUGAGCUUGGCGGCGAUCGUCCUGUGGCUUAGUCUGCCCCCUCCUGCAGGCGCUCCCCGUUGAAGUCAGCUGCACUUGGGGGAGAUUCUCCCCUACGCUGUCCGUUCAGGGGAGGGGGGCCCCUCCUUCUCUCCCAGAGCGGUCGCUCGGUUUGGGGAAACCUUGACCAAUCCCGAUCUACUACUCACUCCCGGCCUUCCCCAGGUCCGCUACAAGCUCCUGCACGAGGUUGAGUCGGCGACCGAGUGAAACGACAACAACAACAACAACAACAAAAAGACUCGCGUGUGCGCGUGCGCGUUUGAUGCAAUUUUGUUAACUCUGAGCUUUGUCCAAAUUGUGUCACAGAUUGUGGCAGUUGGCACAGAGAGUGGAUGCAGUGUGUUUCAGUGUGGUGCUCUCAGCAGAUGGCAGUGUCGCUGUCCACACAGUUUCUGCACUGCCGUCGAUGAUGUGUGCAGGACUUUUUCCUCUUGUGUUUGGGUUUUUUUUCCCCCUUGUUUUUGUGCCAGAAGUGUGCGACGGUGUAGAUACAAAAUGACUGGAAGACGAUGCCAGGGGGCGGGGAAGCUCGCGGGGAGAUUUGAGACGAGAGAAGGUGUAGGAUGUGUACAGGAAAGUGGAAUUUGUGGUCUGUGUUGGGUCGAUUGAAUUUGGAUUAAGAGAAUAGCCGUGUGUCAUGAAGAUGCGCAGGUUAGACCGGAAAGCUUUGGAAGGUGUUUUUUUCUUUUAUACAAAUGUUUUUAAAAGCAUAUGGCCUAUAUUAGAGUAGGCGAUACGCCAAACUGAACAGCUCUCAAUUGCGUUAGAGCAUUGCUUUUCGAACUUAAUGGCCGAGAGUUCGUAUUUUUUUUUGCACCAUUUAAUCUUGUGAAGGGCCCCGUGUAUUUCCCCUUUCAUGUGUUUGACCUCUAUUCUCAAGACUGAACUCUCCUCUUAAGUACGAUCAGGUUGUGCGUGUGCCUGAGCCCUGUGCCUCUUGAUUUAUACAUUUAAACUGGCAGGUUGUUGGAAUUGCGACGCAUGGAAAUAUUUCUACUUUUUUUUCUGCGUAGCCGUGAAAUAUCUUGAGUCUCACGAAGGGGCGGCUGGGGGCGGCAGGGCAUCUAACAUCGCCCUGAUGACGCCACGGUGGCGAGAUGUUAACUACCUAGCCUGGUACACAGGAGGUUGUGAGUUCGAUCCUGGACCCUGACGCCUGUUGUAUAUUUGGAGUUUUCAUUGUUCUCUCCGUGGCCGCGUGGACUUUUCUACCGGUCCCUCUGGGUUUUCCCUCCACGUUUAGAUCAACAUGCGUUUAGAACAAUUGGCUGCAGUGAAUGUCCGCAUGGUGAUAAGCCACUUCGUCGAGCUAUCACUUUGUGAUCGCCAGGUCGCUUCCGAGAAAGAGCUACAUAGCUCAGGUGCGUCUUCUUUCCUGGUCAAAGAAAAUAUUUUGAGAUUGAUGACAACGACGCGAGUGGGAACCACGCGAUUAUCUUCGCCCCCAACCUCCCCCCCCCCCCACCUCCCCGCUCGACACGAGGAGGAGGAACGUCCUCGGAUUGUACACAUACUUGCCGUGGGCUCGCACACUACAGCACUCGGCGAUGGGCCAGCGGCGGCCGCGCGUUUAUCAUCCCCGUCCGUAGAGCUUUCAAGUCUUCUCUCUCCGCUUGAGUGCGGCCGCCGCCUUUCGGUUCGACGCUGACGGUGAGCCAUCGGCCGCGGCGCUCGUUGAGAAACGGUCGCCCUUUUCGCCGCCCUUGCAUUUGAUGUCGUUUUUACUCGUGCCGUACCAUUGCUGUUACCGUUCACGUUAGCGUUGGGGGGGUUUUAUUUUGUUUUAAACGGACGUCAAGUUUUAUCGCUGCAUGUUCCUCUGAUUUGUCUUCACGGGGGGAGCGUCCCGGAACGUCUGUGUCCGUGCGUCGCACGCGGACGCGCGGGCGUUAACGUUCGCAGGUCGCCGACUGAUAUCCCACCGGGCACAUCGCCGAUAUGUAUGUACGCAUGUUUGAACUUAUUUCGCACCGUACGUAGCCAACCGCGUUAAUCGGAGGUGUGGAAUAUCCCACCACAGCCAAACUGACAUCGCACCAGAACGAUACUGAUAUCCUAAUAGAAUACCACCGACAUCUCACCAUAACCACACUGUUAUCCAACCACAACAUCACUGAUAUUUCACCGGAACGUCGCUGAUAUCCCACCAGAACCUCAUCAACAUCCCACCAGGACAUCACACUCAGAACGCAAGCCCUCGAGAGUGAAAGUGCGGUCGUGUUAUUUUAUUCUUCCAGUAAACUGACCACUUUAGUUUCACAGAGCGGUGAUGUUAAAGAUAUAUGUAUUAACUUAGAUAAAUAUAUUAAAUGUGAAGGCAUUUAUUAGACACAGUACUCGAUAUUUUUUUUGUUGGGAUAGUGGGGUGUGGGUGGGGGGUAGACACUCUGCAGAGCUUUAGUAGAGGGUGGGGGGGGGGGCUAGGUUACUUGCUUUAUGGAUGGCCGAAUGGUAAGAAGUUAUUGCCUUGUAUGCUUGCUUGCUUGCUCGCUUACAGACUCGACAAAAUAUAGAUAUAGAUAUAACAACAACAGAAACAAACACAACCGUUUCCUUUUUGUAAUUAUGUCGGUGAGAAUGUGGAGAACGAUGCCCGGCCCGGCGACCCAGGGAGCGCAACGCUCGCCGGCGUCCGGGUUCCCCAACCAGGCGGCUCCGUCCGGCUCUCUCCAACGGUGCGCGCCUUCGCCAAGCGCCGGGCCCUCCGAGCCCAGUGUCCUGACCCACGGUGGGACGGAUCGCU